UGAGAUGCCCGGAUUCUUCUCUCGAGGUAUGUUUGUGAUAUAUAUCAACACUACUACAUAUUACGUUUAUUAAAGCCAUGGAGAAUAAAACUAAUAUUUUCUUCUAGGCUCGAGGCCUUCACAAUGGAUAGCAACUGAGUGAACAAACCCGACCAGCUCAACUGUCAUUCAAACCCCUGCCACAGAGUAUACAACGGACGCUUCAGGAAUACACCGUUCACAAGUUCUGACAGCCCAAUUUGAGAAUUUCAGUUUUUCUGGACUGUGUCGUUCACUGAAGCUUUCAGAGGCGGGGGGAGUGAACAUAUGCCCGCUUGUCUACUGCCUACCAAGAACGGGCGCAUGCGCUGCAAGGAGCUUGUAGAGGGAGUAUGUGCGUUAGAGAGGCGAGUGUCUCGGUGUGGCCGACCUGUCGAUAUCUAAAGUAGUAGCUAACGCUCACGUACCCUGGCUGUCUAUACAAGCAGAGCAAGGAGUACUACCUAUGUGGAUACUAUAGUGUGGACGCUGAAGCUGGAGAGAUGCCUCAAGUAUAACGAGCCAAGGCCUAACAUUCCCAUAAACAAUCGCUGCACCACUGUCAACAAAUCUGUCAGGAUAAUGCUUGGCAGGAACUAACAGGAUGCGAAAGGUGACGACAUAAUGGAAUAGUGUGAUUGGCGGUACAGAGACCUGUGACCACACGCUGGCUAUGGAUGCAUAAACUCGGUGAGCCACAGACAGCAGGGAGCAGAAACUGAAGGUAAAGAAGACGCUAUGGCGGUGGAGAAAAUGCCAGCUUGUGAGAUCCUAUAAGAUCACCCAUACAGGUGUCUCGCUGGGAAACAGAAAACAUCAACAAUGAACACGACUGUGGGAGCGUGGCUGCGACCAGCAUGUACAACAACAUGACGCUAAAUGAGACUCGGCUGAGUGAUCUCGGACUAACCAGUGACCUUGAUUUCGACGAGAGGUUCUCUCCGGAGAAGGUGUGGGUGGACCGAUAUGUAACGCCCGUUAUAUAUGCAAUAGGCUUCCCGGGAAACAUGCUUUCAUUCAUCGUUUGGAUCCAGAAGAGAAUGCGUCAUUCGUCAGGGUGCUAUUUGGCGGCUCUUGCUUUGGAUGAUCUUAUCUUCUUGUGUCUUCAUGUCAUGUUCGAGUUGCACACAGUAUGGCGGGUACAUGCUCUGGAUUUUCCAGGUGUCUGUGAGAUCUACCCCAUCUUUUAUAUCGCAUGUCAGUACCUCUCCCCACUGCUGGUGCUUGGAUUUACAGUGGAGAGGUACAUAUCCAUUUGUCAUCCAUUUAAAAGGGAAAAGUUCUGUACCACGAAAAGAGCCAAAAUUGUGAUAGCCUGUUUAACUAUAUUGUCACUGUCUAUGAGUGGUAUUCAAGGUUACAUCUACUCCUACGACGGUAAUGCAACCGACUGUGGCCCAAGAGAUGAACUUGUAAAAGCGCAACCUAUCAACUUUCUCAUUGUUUGGAACAUGAGUAUCGAGAUGUUUGUCUUCCUUCUUGUGCCUCUAAGUGUUCUGUUUCUGAACAUACUGGUGAUACGGGAACUCAAAAGAUUGUCCAGAGUGGAAACUCAGAAACUUCACGGACGCGGUCAGAAGACAUCUGCAACAACCGUGAUGCUGUUGGCUGUGUCUUUCUAUCAGAUUAUCACAACCCUCCCUGUCACAAUCGUCUACGCUAUGUACUUCGAGUUCCCAAUCGGGAGCUCUGAGAUCCCAGUUUCCCAGGUGCUACAGGAUCCUCAGUGGAAUCGUUUUUUCACAUACUAUUUGAUUCAAACUAUCAUUAAGGAAUACGGCACUACCCACUAUGCAUUUAAUAUAUUCAUAUACAUGAUAACUGGGAAGAUGUUUAGAAAGGAAGUCACCAAGUUGCUGUGUAUGUCAAAAUUGUGUGCGUUUCAGUUCAAAGUGCCCGUUACGGAAUAUUCAAGCCUUCGCAGCACUGCUCGGACGUCGCUAAGACUUCCCAAUCUGUGGGUGUCUGUGAACGGACACGUGGAGAAGGAAAAGGACGAAACCAAAGUCUGACUAAGGAAUUGAAACUUACGGUGAAGAAGUCGAUUUCGAAUCGCAAACAACAGCAUCCCUAUAAAUCAAAGGAGCUGCAGUUUACUCUGCUUGUUAAAGUUGGUGAUGUCAAGUGACCUAGGGCGCAGACUGGUGUCUGGUGUCUCUCUGAGUGCUAAAGAGGAUUACAAUAAGUGCAGUCUCAAAAGCUCAAACACUGACCGACAGGAGAGGCCAGGGCAGGGUUACCGUGUCACGGGAUUGAUGCAUUGGACCGAGUUCUCUCAUCACAGAUUUACCAUCAUUUACGGUCCUACAGUCCGACUGGAGGGCAAAAUGUUAUUUUGACUGUAAAUAAGUCCGUACAUGUACUCUAACACUGUAAAACACAUUAAGUAUUGUGUAAGUACAUUUGUUGAAGAUGACAAUAUGUUGGUUGUGUUUCUUGUUAAAUCCAUGGAAUAAACAAUAAUAAGUUUACGCUUACUGAAGCUUAACCACAGGCAUCAUGAACAAGAAGGGAUCUUGAAUUGUCUUUUUCCGUUUUGUGAUUGUUAAAGACUAACAUAAAGUGCCCGAUAUGCUACUGCAUCUGUUUAGAUACGUACCAGGACGCAUGAAAUAUAUACCUACACAAAUGUGAUCUAAUCAUUGCUUGUUUAUAGACAUUAUUAACAGUUAUUGGAGUUUUUAUUUUCUAACGUCUAUGUCCAUGAUUCAAUUGUAAAAUCGUAUUGCUAUGAAUGUGCUGUUUAUGUAAUAUACGCUACACGUGCGACAAAUUCCUCGUGGGGAGAAUGUGAUAUGAUUAUGCUCUGUGAUUUUUGUACUUAGAACUCGUUUUCACUGUGCAUGUUCUUUCUAAGUAAAACAUAUUAAUGUUA